AUGGAUUUAAAAAUUCCAAUACACGAUCACGACGAUGAGCCGGCUCCUCCAUCAUAUAUGGAAUCCGUCUCAUCGUCGUCUGUGUCUCCUGCAGUAUCGAAGACUUCGGGCUCUUCCCUUUCCCCAUCUACGUCCACCUCCUAUGGUACCCAAAUCCAAUCCCAGCUAAACCACCUCAGAACCCAAUUCAGCUCCAUCCAAACCCAAAAGUCUCUUUUAGAGCACGCACAAGAAGAGAAAAUCCUUUCUCUCCUCACAGCCCAAAUCCAAAUCUAUCUAUCCGAGUUUGCGAACACGGGUUUGAUAAAGGGAACACUGAUGUUGAUCCCAGCACACUGUCUUCAAAAUGAAAAGGCACAGCCGCUUGAUUUCGAUAGAGAGAAUCCUGGAUAUGACGUAUUUGUGGAGAUAGGAGAUAUGGAGAGCCUCAAUGGCGGAUCAUGGUUCUGGGAGGAUGAAGACAUGGCAAAACGACUAGCUGAGGCUUUGAAACCCGAAAAGGAGCUACCAUCCAGACCACUAGUUACGAAACAGGAUUCCAAGAAGGUCGUUUCCAGUCCAGGAGUAAAUUUUGGCAGAUUCUGGGGCAGGAAGUCAAGUUCGAAGAGCGAGGAAAAAUCAAUGUUAGUAGAGGAUAUGAAAGUUAGCUCGACUGUCAAGGAGCCGAGAGAUAAAGUACACAUGAAAGUGGGUGUGGAGGAAGUUGUUUUUGAAUAUGAAAAUAGCUUUGGUCUUUUCGAAACACAAAGAGGAAAUGGUAUCAUGCUUCAUUUCAAAAUCAUCACUACCAAAGAGUAG